AUGCAUAUUGGCUUCAUAGGUUUGUUCAAAUGGGGCGUUAAACAUGGUAUUGGCCACUACCAUUCCUGGAAUGGAGUUACAUAUGCUGGAGAAUAUCUUGCAGACAAGAUGCAUGGUUUUGGUGUUUACAGUUUUACAAAUGGUAUAGAUAUGAAGGUUCAUGGAAUGAAGGAAGAAGAUAGGGACUUGGAAUGUACACUUUCAGAGAUGGAGAUACUCAAUCUGGACAAUGGAAAAAUGAUGUUCUUGAUGUUCCAAGCUCACGAAGUUACACUUAUCCUAUUUCAUUUGUUGCUGUUUGUCAUUCCAAAGUUCUUAAUGCAAUUCAGAGGCAAGAAGAAGGGUGAGAAAGCAUAUGAGGUGGCAAAAGUUGAUGAAAGAGUAAACAGGGCAGUGGCAGCCGCCAACUGAUAUCAAGGGAAAACGAUUAACAUAUGCUUCUCCACACCUCUAAUCUGGUAGCUAAAGAGGCGGCACCACCACGAACCAUCGCCAAGACUUUCUCUACUUAUGUUUUAUCCUCACUAGGUGGGGGACAAGUAAUCAUAUAUGAUUUGAGAAUAAUAGGGGAGAAUGAUGAG